UUACACUAGACAAGGGCAGUGUGACAGUCUGUCACUCUACACCAUUUGAGUCUAAUUUACUUAAAUCUCUCGCUGUGCCUCACGACUCGGGAGUCGAAGCCUUUUUGCUUCUUCUCUUUCACCGUAGUCAGUCUUUACCCGCUUCUCACAGCGUGAUCAUGCCUUUGUUAUAGCCAAGCAACACACUCAUUUAUCCAGGUUAUACCCACCCAAGUCACUCUUUUUACUGGAUUGGAUCGUCUAUUCAUCAUGAUUAUGAUUUCUAGCCCGCCUACUAUUCCCCGCAGGGUUGUUCAGCUGCUUGUUCUUGUUGUCGUCGUUGUUCUCUUCUUUCAGACAAGAUGGCUGCACUGGCCUCGAACAAACCGCAAUACUGAAAUCGCCAUCAAAGGACCAGUUCCGGAAGAACAGUACCUCGAGCGACUAAGGCAGAAAAUUGGACUUUCGGAUCAAACUUCAUGGACUGCAUGGAAAGUCCGUGUUUCAGAGCAGGACUCUGAGUAUGCUUCAGUCACGAACAUCGAUACAGACUUUCAUUCAAAUCAGCCCCGAAUUAUCGAUACCAAGACUCCCGAGAGGAGAAAUUUGGUUGCACGACAGGAACUUAGCCUUCCGAUUGUAGGAGGACCGAAGCCAGGACAGAUUGACGCUUCGGACUUUGUGUUUGCGAUCUCUACGAGUUUUGAUCGGGUUGUUAGGGAUGAUUAUGCUGUUGCGAAGGAUUGGGCAAGGUGGAUGACUGGUGGGAAUCAGCAUGGGAACGGAGCGAGUUUUCUGCUUGUUCUUGAUCAAGGGCACUACCAGCAGGUUAAGAAGCUGACUGAGGUUUUGGUAUCUUUGGGCAUCGAUGCUCAUGUUACUAUCUCGGAGGGUCAGAUCUCUACCGCGAAGAGAUACUUCAACAUGAUGGAGUCGGCCAAGAAGUAUAGCGCUACACUCGCACAGAAAGGACAGAUGAAGAAGUGGUACGGCAUUUUGGACGAGGAGAUCUUUUUACCCAACCUUUCGUACCUCCAAGAACGACUAUUCGCAUAUAACUCUGAGAAGGAAUUGUACAUUGGAUUACCGAGCGAGAGAGGAGACUGGGCUAUCGGCGAAGGAUUCAUGACGACUUAUGGAGGUGGGGCAAUCUUCCUUACACGACCUGCCAUAUCCAAAGUCACGCAUCUGCCAUGCUUUGAUGGUGUCGAAGACAGUCCUACGAGCAAGAAGCGCUGGGACGGUAUUCUUCAGGAUUGUUUGGCGAAGCAUACCAAGAUGAAGAUGCAUAUCAUCCCAAGCUUCUACUCACCCAAGGACAACGACGAUUACUCUUCCCAUCUGGAUAGCUAUGAGACGGGAAUUCAACCCCUGGCUCUUCACGACUACGGAGAACGCCAUCACCUCACCCCAAGCCAAGCCCAUCUCGUCACUGAUGUCUGCGGCGAAGCAUGCUUCCUUCAACGCUACCGCUUUCGCGACAACUGGGUCCUCGUGAAUGGCUACACCAUAACCGAAUACCCCGAUGGAAUCCACCUCUCCGACAUGCCGCUCUCUACCGCCGGAAAAGCCAGUUCCUCCCGUCGUUCCGUCAUUGGUCCCGUGAAGCUCAAAGAAAGAGACACAGAUCGAAAGAUGUUGUUCUGGACGGGACGACGAAAUGUGUGGAAGUUGAUGGACUCUGUCACUACCGCUGAAGGGGAUGUGUGGCAGGCUUAUGUGAAAAGAGGCGUUAUUGAUGAGCCGGCGUUGAAGAAGAGAUGGGGCGAGGAAGUGGGUGAUGUCAAGGAUAGUGUUAUUGUGCUGGUCUGGGAAUCAGCGAAACGAUUAUGAUGGCUUUAAGGAUUCUUAUGUAUGUAUGUUAUGGUUACGGAUCGUCCUUUGGAUGAGAUUUUGGUUUAGCACUUAUGAAGAUUGAUAUGCUAUUUCAUUGCGAGCAUGUUGUCAAUCUUGGCCAAAGGAUUUGUUGCUUGGUGAUGAUUUUUGGUAGGACAGUCACUAGUCACUAGUUAUGUUUUUAAAAUGAUCAGUGGUUGUACACUAUUAUAUUGUCGAUGCAGUAAGGGUAUAGUUAAACCUUUGCGCCAUGCCAUGCCCAGUAAAUAAAGACAUUAUUCUUUGC